AUGCGAGUUCUCAUUACGGCCCUUGUCGCGUCGAUUCUGGCCAACUGCACCUCCGCUGAUACAUCGUCACAACAAAUCCGUAUCAUUAAACCCGACAGUUCAACGACAUGGAUUAGAGGGACCGUGGUUUCUGUAAUAUGGACUACCAUGGCUCCCAUGAAUGUCAUCAAUAGCCCUGACAGUGUAUUUCCAGUGCAUCUGCUCGCUAACAAAGGAACCGAUAGGCUGCAGGUGGUCGCGUAUCUCGGCAUUGCUGCACUUCACGCGAAUUCGAUCACUAUAGAGGUGCCUGUUAGCUGUAGAGUGGGCUUUUACUACAUUCGAAUCGGCGACAGCUUCUCCAGCAUGUUCAUGGUCGGAGAUUCGUUGGUCAAACCGAUUACAGAAAUCGUCAAUCGCGGAGUCAUUACUAUCUCUUCAGCAUCCACCAUUGAAACGUCCCACUCUGCAACAAAAGCCUCACAGAUCGCUCCUCUUGUUAUCUCGCACACCAGUACCACACCCGCUACUGAGAUGACCACUACCGCCACCGCCAGCCCGAACACAACGAUACAUCAGGCAUCUGUUGCUAUAGUAACAGUUCACUCCUCGAAGUUCACCUCCGCUGCCUUAGUUCAUGCCAAGAAGACGUCCAUCAAGGUGAACCCUGCAAGCAACAUUCGUCGCCAGACAAAUGCAACAGUUACUGCACUCACCACGAUCAUGGUCAACAUACCAACAUCAACAGCAAUAAGCGCCAUUCCAACUACGUCUGCCGAUGAAGCAACCGCUUCCAGUCUGCCUUCAGCAUUCGUCAACACCAAGCCCAUUGAUGCUGGGCUACGUAUAGUCACUGCAGAGGCUACUCUAUUGGCUUACGACAGUAAUGCUGCGACUGCUGCUGCUGCUGUGUUGUUGACGGCGGCGCUCAUGUUUUAG